AUGGCUCAACCUCAACAAGCACGCAGUGCACUCGUAAUAUUGGCACUCGCCGUUGUCGGUCACUGCCUCCUCGGCCACACCGAGGCUACUGACUUCGUCGUCGGAGACGCCGGCGGGUGGAAAUUCAAUGUCAUCGACUGGCCCAAUGGGAAAAGCUUCAAAGCCGGCGAUGUCCUCGUGUUUAACUACGCUGCCGGGGCACACAAUGUGGUGGCGGUGAACGAAGUGGGCUACGAUCAGUGCUUUCCGUUUGACGGGAAAGUCUACACUUCCGGGAAAGAUCGAAUUACCCUUGUCAAAGGGGACAACUACUUCAUAUGCGCCUUCCCUGGUCACUGUGAAGCAAAUAUGAAGAUCAAAGUGACAGCAGCCUGA